AUGUCAUUAGCAGCUCGUAUACCUCAAACAUUAAAACAAGUUCGACCUGUUCUUUCAACAGAUCAUGCUGAAGCUAAAAGACGUGUUUUAAAUCUUUAUAAAAUUUGGCUUCGACAAAUACCCUAUAUUCGUGUUGAUUACAUAAAAAAUAAUUGGUCAGAAAUACGUUUACGUGAUGUUAUUAAAGAGAAUUUUAUGCGUAAUAAAGAUAUAACUGAUUUACGUGUUAUUGAUUUACUUGUUGUUCGUGGUCAAAUGGAUUUCGUUGAAACAGCUGAAAUUUGGCGACAACAACAUAAUGCUGCAACUUUAGAUAGUAGAAAAGAUACAUAUAAGAAAAAACCAGCUGGUUUUCUCGAACGUUUUUAUGAAGGACAUUAA